UGAAAAAGCGGCGGAGCCGGAGCCGGAGCCGGAGAGAGAGUCCCGUCUGUAACCGGCCUGAGCCCAGCCCUUGGAGCUGGAUUCGAUCGCACCCGGGAGCCAGGAGCCAGCCGCCGCCCGCCGCCCGCCGCCCCGACAGCGGACUCCGCGCCCAGCGCCCGGAGAUCCUCCUCUGUUUGAGUCAUGGCACCAUUUCUUCGCCUCUCGUUUAAUUCCUACGAGGUGGGAUCCUUGGUGAAUUCAGCUGACCCUCUACCACCAUUCGUUGCUGUAAAGGUGAAGGAAGCCUUGACAACAGAACGCGGGAAGACUCUGGUUCAGAAGAAGCCGACUAUGUAUCCAGACUGGCAAUCUUCCUUUGAUGCUCACAUUUACGAGGGACGUGUGAUCCAGAUUGUGCUGAUGAAGAGUGCAGAGGAACCUCUGUCUGAGGUCACUGUCGGGGUUUCAGUCCUUGCUGAACGUUGUAAGAAAGGCAGUGGCAAGGCAGAGUUCUGGUUGGAUUUGCAGCCCCAGGGGAAGGUACUAAUGGCAGUGCAGCUGUUCCUGGAGGAUUCAGAUUGUCACCAGUCUGUGAGGGAGGAAGAUGGGGCAGUGACACUGAACCGGCGCCGAGGAGCAAUCAAACAGGCGAAAAUCCACUACAUCAAGAACCAUGAGUUCACUGCCACCUUCUUCCGACAGCCCACCUUCUGCUCAGUGUGUCGGGAUUUUGUCUGGGGCCUGAACAAACAGGGCUACCAGUGUCGACAAUGUAAUGCUGCAAUCCACAAGAAAUGUAUUGAUAAAAUCAUUGGUCGUUGUACAGGCACUGCCACCAACAGCAGGGACACCGUGUUCCAGAAGGAGCGUUUCAAUAUCGAUGUUCCACACAGGUUUAAAGUGAAUAACUACAUGAGCCCGACAUUCUGUGAUCACUGUGGGAGCUUGUUGUGGGGGCUGGUCAAACAAGGACUCAAAUGUGAAGAAUGUUUGAUGAAUGUGCACCACAAAUGUCAAUCCAAAGUUGCCAAUCUUUGUGGGAUCAACCAGAAACUGAUGGCUGAGGCACUGAACCAGAUUAGUCUGAAAUCAUCUACUCGGAGGUCUGAUAGCAGUCUGCCUGACAAUUCAAACAUUGGAAUUUAUCAGCCUUUCAACAACACCGGUGGUCCUGGAACCCCACACAUGGACAGCACAGACAGUCACCAAUAUGGCAGGUUGUGGGAAGAUGGUUCACCGAAACCACCACAGCGAGGACCCAGUCUCCGUCCCAAUUCCAUGAGGAAACUGACAAUCGAGAACUUCACUCUCCAUAAAGUGCUAGGAAAAGGAAGCUUCGGGAAAGUGUUACUUGCGGAGUUGAAAGGAAAGGGUGAGUUCUUCGCUGUGAAAGCAUUGAAGAAGGAUGUGGUUCUAAUGGAUGACGAUGUGGAAUGCACGAUGGUGGAGAAACGGGUUCUGGCUCUGGCCUGGGACAAUCCAUUCCUCACCCACCUGUACUCGACCUUUCAGACCAAGGAGCAUCUGUUCUUUGUCAUGGAAUAUUUGAAUGGGGGUGACCUGAUGUUCCAUAUUCAGGAAAAAGGACGUUUCGAUCUGUACCGAGCGAUGUUUUAUGGAGCGGAGAUAAUCUGCGGAUUGCAAUUCCUGCACUCGAAGGGGAUUAUUUAUCGGGAUCUCAAACUGGACAAUGUGAUGUUAGACAAGGAUGGGCAUAUCAAAAUCGCUGACUUUGGGAUGUGCAAGGAGAAUGUGUUUGGAGAGAACAGAGCUACCACUUUCUGUGGAACACCAGAUUACAUUGCACCAGAGAUCUUGCUGGGCCAGAAGUAUACCUUCUCGGUUGAUUGGUGGUCAUUUGGGGUGCUGCUAUAUGAGAUGCUGAUUGGUCAGUCACCAUUCCAUGGUGAUGAUGAGGAUGAACUGUUUGAGUCCAUCCGGGUGGACACUCCUCACUAUCCUCGUUGGAUCACUAGGGAAUCCAAGGACAUCCUGGAAAAGCUGUUUGAAAGAGAUCCAACAAAGAGACUCGGCAUUGCAGGAAACAUCAAACUACACAACUUCUUCAAAACGGUGAACUGGACAGCACUGGAGAAAAGGGCAAUUGAUCCUCCAUUCAAACCCAAAGUGAAAUCUCCUGGUGACUACAGCAACUUUGACCGAGAGUUUCUGAGUGAGAAGCCGCGCCUGUCUCAGGGUGACAAGAAUUUGAUAGACUCCAUGGAUCAGUCUGCAUUCCAUGGAUUUUCCUUCAUUAACCCCAACAUGGAGCGUCUGAUCAAAUAAUUGCAAAAUGACCAGCCCUCUAAUCACACUCCUGCAUUUCAUCUGAUUUGAUUGGACCCCAGGGAUGGGAGUUGGGACUGUUUUCUGGUUUUAUCUAAUCCACCUGUUACCAUUGUGGCAAUGAGUGAUUCUGAGGCUGCCCAUUCUUUGGGCAUUACAGCGGCUGUGACCGGCUCCACAUCGGGGGCCGGGGCUGGGGGUGGGGGUGGUGUCUGGGCAUGGCCUCUGGUUGCCAGCCAACAUACAGUCGGGUUUAUUGUAAAGCUUUUCUGAGAAUAGAGAAGCAAACGAUGGUCAUCGAUGUUUUUUAAACUCUCGGCUUUUCAUCUUAGUAUCAUUAUCUCUGAUUAAAGUGUACAAUACUGUAAA